AUGGCACGGCCGCGGCGUGGUGCAGCUGCGGCAUGUUGUGAGGGCGCAGCAAACGAUCUUGGCGCUGCUGCAGAGGGUGGCAACAGUCCAGAUGCUGCUGCAGAUAGUGGAAGCAGCAGGAGCACAAGGAGCUCCACUCGCGGCGUUAUGACCCGCAGCGCAAGAGCGAAGGAAGCGCAGCAAGGCGAGAAUACCAGUGCCUUGGCCACGAGCCACUCCGCAGAUAACAACACGGGUUGCAGCAAGAGCAAGCGCAGCAUGACCAAGCUUGACAGCAAGGAGAGAGGUGCUGCUGCCGGCACGGCAACAAAAACAGCAACCACCAUUACCACCAGCGACGGUAGCAACACCACCACCACCACCACCACGACCAGCGCUGGUACUGAAAGCAACAAGAGCAGCGGCACCAGCAGCAAGGGCCCUUUCCAGCCAUCGAUGUCUGUGAUGCCACGAGUUUCCCUUGGCCUCUUGCGUGCAGCGGUCCGCCCUUCUCCUAAAACUUCUUUUUUGGACGUCUCCGCUAGAGCAGCCUCCUCCAGCGAGGAAACUUCUACGGGCAACUCAGGAGGCGGGGAUAUUGCCAUACCGACGGCCUUUAGCCGUCUUUCGUUGGGUUCGCACACCCCUCAGCCGCUGCUAAGGCCCCUUCGGAAGCUUGCAUCGGGAGAUCGAGGAGCAGCUGACUUCCUCGACACCACGACGGCUCCGGGGAUUGUCAGACUCUGCCCGUUAGAACCUACCAAUGCAGCGUUGCUGCCUGCUGCCAUGCCCAGUGGCAAGUGCGGCAAGAGUGCGGAGCGCAACAGAUCAGAGGUAGCGGCGCGUGUGGCGGCGGGGUGUUCUCCGCCCCUCAUGACGGUGGCUGCCUUGCAGCAGGGGCCCCUUGCGGAAGGGGGUCCAGACGCCUUGUCUCCCGAUCUCGAGACUUUGCGGAAGGAGGAGAAGGCGCAGAGGAAGGCCAAGGAGAAGCAGCAGUUGCAGCAGUGGUUCGGGAUGCCUUUGAAGGACUUAUCUCCCCAGCUGGUGCGGGAACUGCGCGUGCUGCAAUUACGGGGUCACGCAUCGGCGAAAGUCUUCGGAGGCAAAAGCAGAGCUUCCUUUCUGCCCUUGCAAAAGCACAAGAGCAAGGAGGGGGGGCCUCCUCUGCAUAGUGCUUACCUGCAGGUAGCCAGAGUUGUCGGUGGAGGUUUGCGGGGUGUAGGAGGCGGCGCUGAGUCGCAGGCUGCGGGAACUUUCAACAAAGGCGCAGGGAGGCGGGGUCAUGCGUCGUCUCUGCUGCACGAGCUGCUGAAAGAUCCUGAAGUCAACAGCUGGACAAAGAGAAAGUACAGAGAAAUCCAGGAGAAAAACAACAGCAGACACUCGGCAGGAUGGACAGGCAAAAGGAAAAAGAAGCAGAAGAAAUAA